AAAAAAAGCCUAACAUAAAAUAAGUAUCCUAAUUUGCGAAAGAAGUGAAAACUAUACAUAUGUACCUACGCUGUUAAUUACGCUUUAAUCACAUUUGCAUUAAAAAUUGAACUUCUCCAGAAUAGCGGAUUUAAUAUACGAAUAUUGCGUAGCUUUCGCGAGCCAUACAUUAAUGUGAUAGAAACUAAUAAAACCAACUUUUAUUCGUUCAGUAUUUUACGCACAGGUGCAAAAUAUUUACGGUGGUAUGUCGUUAUUAAUUAGUUGCACGCAACUGUAUAUACAUAAGUACAUAGCUGCAUAGUAGGGUUGUACUUAUAUGUUAAAACGAACCACCUUCUAAGAUAUACAUAGCUUAUAGUACUGCAUCGAACCGUAUCGCUAAACCGUCUGGAAAAGUGUUAAAUGUUGAACCCAUCUGAUCUCUUAAAUUAGAUCCCCCAACCCAAUUUAUUAAUUUAGACCCAAUUUUUAUAAUCUCGUUUCGCUUUUCUGAUACCGAUAUUUAAAUUGCGGUUAUUGGUGGCGAAUGUUAUUCUGAGAUGAAUAUCUCAGCAGACCUCUUUAUCACCUCUAAUGACAAAAAAAUGACAAAUAUAUUAUAUUAUAUUAUAUUUUCACAACAAAGAGUAUCAAUCAAUUGAUAAGAAAAAUUAAAAACUUGCCCUAUUAGCAAACUCGAACUGAUAAUGAUCGUAGAGAGUGUCUUAUGCGUAUUCCUGGUGUCAAAUUUGAUAAUUUUUGUGUGUUUCUAAUUAGUGGCUGUUAUUGGUCCUCGUUAUUACCUAACCUACAAACAGUUGCAAGUUAAUUAUGUGUACGAGUAUUAAGGAAUUUUGGAAGUGAUCAAAUAAGAAUCUAAAUUUUGUAAAUUAAAGAAAUAGUCCGGUCAAAUUAGACAAAAAAUAAAAGUUACAUUAACUUAUAACAAGCUAAGAGUUAAUGAAUAUGUUCAAAACAUGAUUAAAAAUAACAUACUGAAACUCCUCAUCGCUUCGAUAUAUGGAAAAAAAAUUGAGCUUAAAGGUCAAACAAUUUUUUCGCGAUAUGUUAUGAAACGGUAAGUUGUAGCAAAAAAUCACUUUGCACGAAAAUGGUAGAUCAUAAAUUAAUUAUAAAAAAUGUAUGAAUACUUUUUACAAAAAGUCACCGUUUCUGAGUAAUAACCGCUGAAAAUAUAUAGAGGGUCGAUCAUAAACACAAACUUAGUAAAUGAAUCAAUGUAACUGCUGAGUCUUUAGUCGGUGUAGCAUCAAGGAGUGUUUUCAGGUGUUUCAAUGUGUUUAAAUCAAGCAAAUUUAAGUCGGCAUAUAAAAAGCACCUUUGCGUUUAAGUGAACAGCUGCUUUAUACUAUAUAAUUUAUAUCUGGACAUUUAAAAUUAAUUUUUGUUGUAAGCCACUUAUUUUCUCAAUUAUAACGUUUGGCAACGCCACCAUCUUCAAGCUGAUUUUGACAUUCGAAUGUCUUUAUUUACAUUUGCACUGUAUACAAAAAUAAAUCGCAAUCACCUCAUAAAUUCGCAUAGGAAUUGUCAGGGAAAUAAAAGUAUAAGCUAAAGCUACGAGCGCAUAGGAAUAUUUAUAAAUUUACAUACGUGGCGCAGUGUAAUUACACCACAAGAAGGACAAAGCAGUCAGCGCGACGGUCUAGGAUAUAAGUAAUCGCUAGUUCAAUAGCUAAGUUUCCAUGACAGCGUAACCAUAACACUGCCGCAAUAUUGCUAAUUGUUUAUUUUUUAAAAGAACGACAAGCAAAUUCACAAGUAGAUACACAACACCAACGCUUACGGCAUAAAAAUGUUUUUGUUUGACUGGUUGCUGCAACGUAUUUUGCCUGUGAUCUUCUUUCAUCUAAGACCGUUCAUUAAAUGGUUUUUGCACACAUUCACAAGGUUAUGCGAGCUUCAACGCAUUGUAUAUGGUGCACAAGCAGGUGCAAGUCGAACUCGUCAAGUCGAACGUUCAUUAAUGCUAUCACAAAAUGUCGAUAUACAAGAGUUAUUGUGCGAAUUAGACACUGCGGUAGAGACAUGUAGUGAUGAUGAACUCCGCCAAUUGCCUGUACGCGCUGUUAGUGUGGUGCAACGCGUUAAGCGUAUUAAAUCGAAAAUUCAUCCUGACUUUGCGCCACUAUUUGGCACUUGCAUACUGCACAUAUGGAGUUAUCGACAUCUGCUGCAUCAGGUAGAGCAGUUACGUGCAGAGCCAUACGAUGCAAAUAACUUGGAUCACGAACAAAAGUUGUUAGAGUUGUGGAACCGCUUGAUGCCAGAAGAGCCAUUGCAAGGACGCAUCACAAAGCAAUGGCAGGACAUCGGCUUUCAAGGUGAUGAUCCUAAAACAGACUUCCGCGGUAUGGGUGUACUUGGUUUGGAAAAUCUUCUCUUCUUCUCGCGUGAAUAUCGUGACGCAGCACAUCAUGUCCUGUUACAUUCAAAGCAUUCUGUAUAUGGUUAUACAUUCGCCAUAGUGGGUAUUAAUCUCACCGCGAUGGCAUAUCGCUUGCUCAAGUCUGGCGAUGCUAAAGUACAUUUCUAUAAUGUGGCAAAUUCACUUAAUCAGGCCUGCUCGCUGAUACAUUUUCAUAAAUUCUACUGCUAUUUACUUUUCGAAUUCGACCGUUUCUGGUUAGAAUCGGAACCAACGAAUAUAAUGGAUUUCCGUGAGAUCUAUCAACGGUUUGAAAUAUUAAUAAUGGAAGCUUUGCAUAAUGACAAAACACUAUUUAAAACUAAUCUCGUGGUGGAGGAUGUUUAAGAACUGAGACAGUGACGUUUUAGCUAACAAUUAUAUAAAAUCUACAUAAAAUGUACAAUCCUCAAAGAAUGCAUAUAAUAAUAAGUAAUCUUAUAGCACUAUUAAUAAAAUGUAAUUGAAUAAAUGUAAUAUAAUAUAAUGCAGUUUUGCAUUCUAGUGAUUUUUUUUCGGAAUACUAUUUUAUACUUUACGUCAGAAA